AUGGCCGGCCGCAAGGACUCUGAGUCGAAGCGGGUCAGAAUCGACUCGGUCUCGCAUCUGGGGGUUGCGGAUCCGACAGACGCCUCAGGACUUGGCCAUCAGUUUGCUCAAGCCGAGUUGCGACGAGCCAUCGACCGAUCGGACGACUCAGAACGUUCGGACGACGUGUCCCCACCGCUGAAGGCGAUGCGGAGGAAUCGAACGAUCUCCGGCUCCAAGAGCGAGGAUCAUAUGAUGACUACAGAACGUGGCCAGGUGAGUCUGUCUUUGCGCUUGCCGGCCCCUUGGACAAUACGAUUCAUAUCUUUAUCUUCAUCCAUCUGAUAUCUAAGGGAUCACGUAUCUUUCUGGAAUUGAUAAGAAGUGGUUCUUGAUCUUUUUGAUGUCGUUUAUUGUCUUAGAUCCUGCUGAAAAGAUGCGUUCGCUAAAUUAUGACGUAUUUCUUUCCGAGGCAGAUCUUAGGGUUACUGUAACAUAUUGACUUUUGUAUCCGUUAUAUUCCCAUGACUAUAAUUAAGGCGCGCAAAUAGAAAACAUCUCAGGGAUAACAAGUGCAAAUGAAUCAGUAACCAGUAAAUAUAAAAACACAUUUGUUUCCAAAACACUGCUCAUUUCUCCGCUUGUACUCGCCAAGGGAGUUUAGUUUGUCUUCUGAUUUAUUUUGAUCGCUAAUUUCGGUUUCGCUAUUUCCGAUUUCGUUGACGCUGAGUUGAUGUGUUUACAGUUAAUUUGAGGGGUGUUUGAAUGCAAAAUGCUGGGAUUAUAAAAGCAUUAGAAUACAGAAGAGAACGUGGGAGAGAUCCACGUUUGUAUAAUAUAAUAUAAAUCGAGGGCAGAGUAUAUUUCAUUGCUAUUCUCUUAAUUAGGGGCAAAAGUACCAUCCCUACAGUCGCACAAAGACCCCGCCUAUUAUCUAACAGACUCUUUCCCCCCGUUUAUAGACAAAAAAGCGUAGAAUUGACCUUUCGAAGAUGGGAGAGAGGAGACCAGACUUUUUUGAUCACUCUCCGAAAUUCGCGGCCUGUUUUGACUGCUUUUUUAUCUCCUGGAUAUUGUACAAGACAUUCGUGAAGAGCAGAGACUCCGUUUUCAUUGUUUCAGAUCUCUUUUUCAGAUCGGGCAAUGAAAAUUUGAAGCAAGGCAGAAAAUUUGUACAGAAAAAACAUCUUGACGAAAGUCGCUCUUAUCACUUAAAUCGCCGUCUGUCUUUGGUCAAUACUUCAGCAUGGACAUUGAUGACUACACCGGUGUCCUCUCAGAUCAGAUCUUAUGUCUACCGUAUUCGGAAAUUAAUUCUUUCCAGAAGGUUUACACCAAAGGUCGGCCUCCAUGGUACGAUCGUGCUGGGAAGCGGCUGAAGCAGCCCUUUUUGAUCGGAAUCUGCGGUGGAUCGGCUUCUGGGAAGACUACGGUAGCCAGACGUAUCAUCGAGAGAUUGGAGAUGCCGUGGGUUACUGUACUUUCGAUGGACUCAUUUUAUAAGGUAAGCGUUACUCAACUAUCAAGUAAUAUGGACUGGCUAGGUCGGAAAGUAUUAAAAAUACUAAGUGUUCCUAUUUUAGGUGUUGAACGGAGAAGAACGUGAGCGAGCUGGACAGCAGAACUAUAACUUUGAUCAUCCCGCAGCCUUCGACUUUGAUCUCCUUGAAGAAACCCUGAGACGUCUGAGUGAAGGCAAGUCCGUGGAUGUCCCGGUCUACGAUUUUACGACACAUGCUCGAGACAAGAACUCCAAGGUGAUGUAUGGCGCGGAUGUGCUUAUCUUCGAGGGAAUCCUCUCAUUCUUCCGUCCUGCCAUUGCUGACAUGAUGGAUAUUAAAGUAAGCACUAUUCUUUGUUUCUAAAAAUUUAGAGAACAAUAAGAUGAGAAAGAAUAACUUUGUGUAUUCAGGUGUUCGUGGACACAGAUUCCGACACUCGUUUGGCCCGGAGACUGAAGAGAGACACGGCCGAAAGAGGCCGCGAUGCUGCAGGAGUUAUCGACCAGUAUUUCAAGUUCGUUAAACCGGCCUUUGACAAUUUCAUCGGCCCUGCGGCCAAGCUGGCUGAUAUCAUCAUUCCACGUGGCGGCGACAACGAAGUUGCCAUUGAUCUCAUCGUUCGUCAAGUGAAGAAUCAGCUUGCAGAGAGAGGGUACGAUGCCACCAAGAUCAAACUGGAAUGGUCGGCUCUCCGAUCAUCUCCACCCGCUGAAUCCGAGCCAAUGUAUGGACCGUUGCCAAGACCGGACAGUCUCUUCAUUGUGGACGAAACUCCUCAACUCAAAGGCUUACAUACAAUCAUCAGGAAUCGAGAAACUCCCAGAGAUGAAUUCAUUUUUGUCGCUGAAAGAUUAAUGCAGAUUCUGAUCGAAUAUGCCAUGAAAUUCAUUCCAUACGAGCCAACGGUGGUUAUUACUCCGGACGGCGAAGAGUAAGUAAAGUUAAAUCAGCGAUUCAUCAUUGAAAAUGGGAUAUGAACUAUGACUUUUUUCAGAUUCCAAGGAGUCAAAAAGGCCUCUCAGAUCUGCGGAGUCGCCAUUAUGCGAGCUGGAGAGACCAUUGAACGUUCGUUGAGGAAUGUAAUCAAGGAUUGCAAGAUCGGAAAGAUCUUGAUCCAAACGAAUGAUAGGACUAAGGAACCCGAACUCUAUUACCUCAGGCUUCCAAAGAAUGUCAGCGACUAUAAGGUCCUCCUUAUGGAUGCAAAUGUAGCGACUGGUAUGUUAUUUACAUUCUUUGUUAUUUUGAAUUACAAUAGUUAUGACUUCAAAUUAUCAUUUCUUCUUUUUUAGGAGCCGCAGCUAUCAUGGCCAUCCGAAUUCUGCUUGAUCAUGAUGUAAAAGAGGAGAAUAUCACGCUCCUUUCCCUCCUCAUGGCCGAAACUGGAGUCCAUUCGAUUGCCUACGCUUUUCCGAAAGUCAAAUUGGUCACCACCGCGGUUGACAAUCGUAUAAACGAGCUCUGCCACAUCAUCCCUGGAAUGGGAAACUUUGGCGACAGAUAUUACGGUACUGAUGCGGUUGGUCUGACCUCUGACAACGAGAAUGAAGAGAGUAUUUUUGGAGACGAGGAUGAGAUGGCUUCGGUGGACAGUGCCAUCGAAGGAUCGGCCAAUUCCGGAACGACUCAAACUGAAUCCGUCACAGUCCUCGCGUAG